CUCCGCUGAGCACCGAUGGCAACAGCCAGGAGCCUGGGCUUACUGCUCUUUCUGCUGCUGACUUCAGAUGAGAACAACGGUGAAGAGCCAAGAAACCCCGAAGAGCCAAGAAACGUCUGCCGGCUCAAGGAGGACUAUGAGUAUAACACCUUCGACUUGAGUGACAUUGCUCAGUGUUUCACCAAGUGCGGGCAAUCAGACACCAACUCCUGUGAAGUGGGGAACUUGCAGAGAUACUGGCUGAACUACGAGUCCCACCUGCUGGAGAAUUCCAUGGAGACCGUGGACAUGCCUUUUGUGAAGGCCUUGAUUCAGAACAUCAGCACGGAUGUCUCGGAAGACCUGCUUUACUCUCUGGUGCCCUCUCAGAUCCCGAGGAAGGUGAUGCGAGGUGAGGAGCAACCUGCAGACAGAGUCCGACUUCCCAAGAGCCUGUUUGGAGCCUUGCCUGGCAACAGGUCUGCAGUCCGGUUGGCCAUAACUAUUCUAAACAUUGGUCCAGGAAAUGUCUUUAAGGGCCCCAGGCUUCUUAAGGACAAAGGCAGCAGCGUGUUGGACAACCGCAUGGUGGGCUUGAGUGUGGGCCAGAUGCACGCCACCGGGCUGUCAGAACCUGUAGAGAUCACCUUCUCCCACCAGCAUCAAUCACCUAAUGUGAUCCUCACCUGUGUGUUCUGGGAUAUGGCUAAAGGUACCACAGGAGACUGGGAUUCCCAUGGCUGCUCCACGGAGCCGGGGGACGGGAGAACUGUCUGCCACUGUGACCACUUGACCUUCUUCGCCUUGCUGCUGAGGCCGACCCUGGACCAGGCCACGGCACGGACUCUCACGCGCAUCUCCCAGGCAGGCAGUGCAGUCUCCAUGAUCUUCCUGGCCUUCACCAUGGUUCUCUACGUUGCCUUCAGGUUCUCUCUGCAGAGGUUCAAGUCUGAAGAUGCCCCUAAGAUCCACAUGGCUCUGAGCACCAGCCUAUUUCUCCUGAAUCUUACCUUCUUGAUCAACGUGGGGAGCGGCUCUCAAGGCCCCCCAGCCUCUUGCUGGGUCCGAGCUGCCAUUUUCCACUACUUCCUGCUCUGUGUCUUCACCUGGAUGGGCCUGGAAGCCUUCCACCUCUACCUGCUGGUCAUCAAGGUCUUCAAUACCUACUUUGGACACUAUUUCCUGAAGCUGAGCCUGCUAGGCUGGGGCCUGCCUGUUCUUAUAGUUAUUGGUGCUGGAAGUAGCAACAGUUACGGGGUUUACACCAUCCGCGACCAGGAGAAUCGCACCUCGCUGGAGCUGUGCUGGUUCCAGAAAGAGCCUGCCCUUUAUGCUACUGUCCAUGGCUACUUCCUUGUCACCUUCCUCUUCGGUGCUGUGGUGCUGGCAAUGGUGGCCUGGAAGAUCUUCACUUUGCCCAGUGUCACAGCGGGCAAAGGACAGGGGCAGACCUGGAAGUCGGUCCUCACUGUGUUGGGCCUCUCAAGCCUGGUGGGCGUGACCUGGGGACUGGCUGUUCUCACACCCCUCGGCUUGUCUACCGUCUACAUCUUCACCCUCCUAAACUCUCUGCAAGGACUCUUCAUCUUCUGCUGGUUCAUCAUCCUCUACUUCCCGACUCAGAGCACCACAACCUCCUCCUCCGGCACUGCCCGCCUGGACCAGGCCCACUCCAUGUCCCAGGAGUAGUCUAUCGGUGGCUGCCGUUUGCUCUCACCUCUGGCUGGUUUGUGGGACCAUGAACAGUUACCUACUUCCUUCUAGACUCCAUUGCCUUCUCUGUACAGGAGGGAGAGGGUGGGGACCAAACAGGGCCAUGUGGCUUCCAAGUUCCGAUUCAGGAGGCUGGAGAAAUGACUUAAGAGGACACUGGUUCAGUUCCCAGCACCCACGUGGCAUCUCUCGGCUGUCUGUGACUCUAGCUCAAGAGAUCUGACAUUCUCCUCUGGCUUCCAAAGGGCACCAGGCAUGAAGGUGUGGCAUAUAUACACGGUAGG